AUGACGAGCUUGGUGGAUGAGACCGAGGGAUAUCACGUUAAUUCUCGCGUGAUAUUUUAUCCUCUACUUGGACUUACCACAGCAAUAUGGAUUCUAUACAGAUGGCAACAGAACUCACAUAUGCACAAACUUGCUGAAUUGAUACCUGGACCGGCACCUAUUCCGAUUUUCGGAAAUGCUUUGACUCUCAUGAGGAAAGAUCCCCACGAAUUAGUCAACCUCGCUCUGGGCUAUGCGCAAACAUUUGGCAACGUCGUCCGCGUUUGGUUGGGCUCCAAGUUGAUCGUUUUUCUAGCUGACGCUGACGAUAUUGAAAUAAUCCUUAACAGCCAUGUCCAUAUUGAUAAAGCUACCGAGUACAAGUUCUUUAAGCCAUGGCUUGGUGAAGGACUUCUUAUCAGUUCAGGUCCAAAAUGGCGUUCACACAGAAAAAUGAUCGCUCCCACAUUUCAUAUAAACAUUCUUAAGUCAUUUGUUGGAAUCUUCAACCAGAAUAGUAACAACGUGGUAGAGAAGUUGAAAUCUGAAGUCGGAAAAACAUUUGACGUACAUGAUUACAUGAGUGGUACCACAGUUGAUAUUUUAUUAGAAACGGCAAUGGGAAUUUCAAGAAAGACUCAGGAUGAAUCAGGCUUUGAUUAUGCAAUGGCUGUGAUGAAAAUGUGCGAUAUCAUCCACCAGAGGCACUACAAAUUUUGGAUGCGAUCCGAGAUUGUUUUCAAGUUGACUUCGUUCUUUAAACAACAAACAAAACUUUUGGGCAUUAUUCAUGGACUUACUAACAAAGUCAUCAAGAACAAGAAAGAAACGUAUCUUGAAAAUAAAGCUAAAGGUAUCAUACCGCCUACACUCGAAGAAUUGACUCAUAAUUCUGGUGAAAUUCUAGCAAAUAAUGCCAAAACACUUUCUGAUACCGUUUUCAAAGGAUAUCGCGAUGAUCUUGAUUUCAAUGAUGAAAACGAUGUUGGUGAAAAGAAACGACUGGCAUUUUUGGACCUGAUGAUCGAAUCUUCACAAAAUGGAACAAACAAGAUAUCUGAUCAUGAAAUUAAGGAAGAAGUAGAUACAAUUAUGUUUGAGGGUCACGAUACGACGGCAGCAGGUUCCAGUUUCGUUUUAUGUCUUUUGGGCAUCCAUCAAGACGUUCAAGCAAGAGUUUAUGACGAGCUUUACCAGAUUUUUGGAGAUUCCGAUAGACCUGCAACAUUCGCCGACACCUUAGAAAUGAAAUAUUUGGAAAGAGUGAUUCUUGAAUCUUUGAGGCUAUAUCCACCAGUGCCUGUCAUUGCAAGGAAAUUAAAUCGUGAUGUUACUAUCUCUACCAAGAACUACGUGAUCCCAGCGGGUACAACUGUUGUCAUUGGAACGUUCAAGUUGCAUCGUCAACCGAAAUAUUAUAAAGACCCUGAAGUUUUCAACCCCGAUAAUUUCCUACCGGAGAACACUCAGAACAGACAUUAUUACAGCUAUAUACCAUUCAGCGCUGGACCUAGGAGUUGUGUUGGUCGUAAAUACGCUUUAUUGAAGUUAAAAAUCUUACUAUCUACGAUACUGAGAAAUUUCAGAACUAUUUCUGAAAUACCUGAAAAGGAGUUCAAGCUUCAAGGCGACAUCAUUUUGAAAAGAGCGGAAGGCUUCCAAAUGAAGGUUGAACCUAGAAAACGAGUCCCAACUAACGUCGCCCGUUAA